UCAGGCGCUUCUCGGUCUUCGUUCCUGCGAUUCUCUGCCUCUUUCUGUCGUCAGUGCCGAUCGCUGCUGAGGGAAGCUCCGUAAUUAGGACCCUGGUGUCCAGGAACCGGAAAUGGGUUCCGUGUCAUUUGAAGACAUUGCUGUGGACUUCUCCUGGGAUGAAUGGCAGCAUCUGGAUGUCACUCAGAGGACUCUCUACAGGGAUGUGAUGCUGGAGAACUACAGCAGUCUCCUGUUCUUGGGACAUUGCAUGGCCAAACCUGAGGUGAUCUUCCAGUUGGAGCAUGGAUUUGGGCCAUGGCCUGUGGGAGCCUCCUCUGUCUGCAGCCUUGCAGGUAUCCAUAAAGUGACUACCCUAGUUGAGACCCACCAGGAGAAUCACAAGAGAUAUUUAUGGCAAGGGGAAAUCGCCAACAGCCAGACUUCAAAUGAGAAAAUUAUUGAAGCAGACCUGAAAGUGGCACAGAAGAUCCAACAAGGCACAACAUGCUAUGAAGAUAAAGACUGUGUGAAGGCAUUUAUCCAGCAGUCACAGCACACAAGGAGUCAGAUGAGUUACACAUGUAAGAAAAGUGUCCAAUGUAAGUCACAUCUCAAUAACUGUCAGAGGCUUCCGAAUGAGGAGACAAAGUAUACACACAGACAGCACAGGAAGGCACACCUGACUGAACAGAGAAGUCACGAAGGGGAGAAGCCAUAUGAAAGCUCAGGAUGUGGGAAAGCACCCCAUACCAAGUCUCAGCGUGAGACCACUCAUAGAGAUGAGAAGCCCUACAAAUGUCUAGAAUGUGGGAAAUAUUUCUACUACAAGUCACAAAUCAUUGAACAUCAAAGAAGUCAUACAGGUGAGAAGCCUUAUGAGUGUACAGAAUGUGGGAAAUCUUUCAGCUAUAAAUCGCAUCUCACUGUACAUCACAGAAGUCACACAGGUGAGAAGCGUCAUGAAUGUACAGAAUGUAGAAAAGUUUUUUACUAUAAGUCCCAACUUGCUCGACACCAGAGGAGUCAUACAGGGGAGAAGCCCUAUGAAUGUAUGAAAUGUGGAAAAUCUUUCUACUGUAACACACAUCUUUCUUUGCACCAGAGAAUUCAUGUAAAUGUGAAGCCCUAUGCAUGUACAGAAUGUGGGAAAACUUUCUCUUUCAGUGCAUGCCUCACUAGACACCAGAGGAUUCAUACAAAUGAAAAGCCCUAUAAAUGUUCACAAUGCCCCAAAGCUUUUUACUUUAAGAAACAACUUACUCAUCAUGAGAAAACUCAUGCUACAGAGAAGCGCUUUGAAUGUAAACAGUGUGGUAAAGCAUUUUACUGGAGGGCCAACCUUACUGUGCAUCAGAAAACACAUGGUGGGGAGAAGCCCUUUGAAUGUAAACAAUGUGGAAAAGCAUUUUACUGCAAGUCCCACCUCACUGUGCAUCAGAGAACUCAUAUAAGUGAAAAGCUCUAUCAGUGUUCACAGUGCAGGAAAGCAUUCUUCUCUCAGACACAGCUUACUGUUCAUCAGAGAAUACACACUGACGAGAAGCCCUAUGAAUGUCAGCAAUGUGACAAAACAUUCUACAGCAAGUCUGGGCUUACUGCACAUCAGAAAACUCAUACAGGCAAGAAGCCCUAUGAAUGUAAAGAGUGUGGGAAAGCAUUCUAUAACAAGUACUUGCUCAUUGAACAUCAUAGAGUUCAUACAGGUGAGAAGCCCUAUCAAUGUACAGAAUGCAAGAAAGCAUUCUACUGCAAAAAAUAUCUUUCUCUACAUCAGAAAACUCAUGCAAGUGAGAAGUCAUUUCAUUGUGCAGAGUGUGGGAAAGCUUUCUCCUGGAUGUCACACCUCACUCAGCAUCAGAGAAUUCACACAGGUGAGAAGCCCUAUGCAUGUGAACAGUGUAAGAAGACUUUCUACUUCAAGAAACAACUCACUCGACAUCAAAGAACACAUGAGAGGCCAUGAGGUGUAAAUAAUGCAGGAGGCCAUUUCACUGCAAAUGAAACCUCUCUGUAUGACAGAGCUCAAACAAGGGAGAAUCCCUGUGGUGAGUGUUCCAGAUACAGAAAUUUUCUUCCCUCGUGCAUACCUUAUUCAAAGUCAGAUGAGAAAGCCUAAGAGUGUAAAGGAUGUAUGAACUCUUACUCAAGUGUGUAAUCAGAAAGCUUGUAGGUGAGAAUGGUUAACGUAAAAACUGGAAAUUUUCUAGUAUAAGUCAGGUGCUACUCAGUCAAUGAACAUAUACUGGAGUCUGUCUGCAAACAUUGUUGGAAGGCCACAUAUACUGUUUGUAAGAGAAUUCAUACAUGGGCUGUCUCCUAUGAAGUUAAAAACUAUACAAAGGCUUUCUCAUUCUUCAAUUUCCUUCAGUAUAUUGUAGGUGAGUAUUGUAGAGUGUAAAGAACAGAGGAAUGCUUUCCAGCACUAAGCCCCAUCAAUUCCCACCUGAAAGGUUUUACAGGUGUGGGNCCCAUGAAAUUAGUGAAAAUAGAUACAUUUUGAGGCAGAAAUUGGGCCUCUGCAUUAGCAACUUCUCAUGUGAUAUGCCAAGUAGAGCAAAAAGCAAAGUGAGAUAUAUUCUUGCUUUCAGUUCUAGGCCCUGGUACUGCAGGUUUGCUGCAACUCAGUGAUUGAAGAUUGAACUUAGCAAGCUAGGCAGGUUCCAUUUGAUAAAAAGCAGGAAAGCCUUCUUGAAGUGCCCAUGUUAAGUUAUGACAUUGUAGCCCAUGUGUUGAAAACCCAUAUAAAUUACCAAAUAUGAAAUGUAUAAAGAGUGCUAAUACUUUUGAAAUGAACUUGAAAUUUAUCUGGCAUCAUUAAUCCAACUCACAUGAUUAAGCAGAAGAUUACAGUAUGAAAACAUUCUUGCUUCCAUAGUCCAGGUGACUAGAAAUGGCAUUCAGCUAUGCUUCUACAGUACCAGCCAUCAGUUAAUUCAUGAAAGUGAGAACACAUUUGAAGUUUACAAAUUAACUUGUCUUAAACGUGGCUCAGUGGCAGUGUGCUCAUCGGUCUUUUGCUGUGCGUCUAUACAUAGAACUUUUCAUGUGUCAUCUUGAUUCAGGAUAUUUUUGUUCAUGUUCAUUUGUAAAUCAUUUAAAAUAAUCCAUUAGUCUUAUUGCCUCAUCAGACGUGAGAAAUUUAAACAUGUUUACAUUUUUAUAAUUAUGCAGUUUUGAGACAAACUCUUGAUCUAUACCCAGUCUAUUCUGUGGCCUUCACUUGUACAUAGGUAUGUACCCCCACACGCACAUACAGAACAUGUACCAACAAUG